GCUUUAUUUGACCUUUUUCCUCUGGAGACAACAGUAACCUGAUUUUUUUUUUAGCGUUUUAGGUAACUUAACAAGAGUUUCGGUCAACUUCAAACACAUGGGAAAGUCGUAGACUUUGUGUUUAUUUUAAUACUUCUGAGGAAUGUGGCGGAUCUGAACAACCAUACGUAUAAUCUUUGUGAUUACGAAGGGAGUUACAACAUAUCGAAACAUUCUAAAAAGAAAUAAUGGCAACGGGCGGAUUUAAAUCCAACAGCGCAACGGACUUUCUGGAGGAAUGGAAAGCAAAGCGUGAGAAGAUGAGAGCGAAGAUGCUCGGGGACAUCGCCGCGGCCACCGGUGUCUGCACGCCUGUCGCGAGCCCCGCCAAAAACACCGAGUUAAACAAUAACAACAGCUCGGUAAACUGUGUCUCCUCGUCCCCCUAUUCCGUGACCCGGUCCUCCUCUUCAUCCGCUCUGAGUCGGCCGGAGGACGAGCCGAAGACACCCGAGCCGCUCGGGGUAAACUUAAAGAAGACACCGGAAAAAGUGAACGCAUUCCCGCUGACGGAGAGUUCGAGCCCCGCAGGUGUGGAUGAUAGCGAUAAAGAGAGUCCCACUCACAUCAAGAGCAAAGAGAAGAAGAGCUCAGGACCCAGUGCCAGAAAGGGCAAAGGACAGAUAGAGAAGAGGAAAUUAAGAGAGAAGAGGAGGUCAACAGGUGUAGUCAGCAUACCGUCCAGUGAGAGCUUGGAUGAGCUUGAUGAUGAUGAUGGUGGUGAGGAAAAGGGGAUGAAUAUUGGUGAAACUCUUACACAGCACAACACAGUCCAGAAUGAAGCAAUGAUAUCUGACUCCGGAGCAACCCACUCAAUACAGGACUCUCCGAGAUCAAGGUCUCAUAAAAGUGAUGAGGACGGAGGAGGAAACAGACUUCGUCAUCGACAUGGAAGGGAAGGCAACGUGCCUAUAGCCCUGGAGAGGAGGAUAGAUGAGCUAGAAAGGGAGCUGGCCUUGGAGAGACAGGAGAAUGCUCACCUGUUGAAAGACCAUCAGGACAAGGACGAGCUGAUCGUUAAGCUGAAAGAGGAGAUUGACCUGCUAAACAGAGAUCUGGAUGAUGCUGAAGAUGAGAACGAGCAGCUGAAACAGGAGAAUAAGACCUUGCUCAAAGUGGUUGGUCAACUUACAAGGUAGAACCAAGUGAACUAAAGAUCACUAAUGGAGUCUAAAUGUCUAGCUGUGGCAACCUGAGAGAUUUUGCUGAAGAAUGCGACAUCCUCUUGGAUCCAUCCUGUACACUAUCUGCUCUGGUCAUACAUGUUUGUUAAUGUUGUUGUCGCUCUCUGGAAGAGGAUCUUUGUGUGUUGUUGGGAGGCUUCAAGAAUCUGGAGAUCCGCAAGAUCUCAGCCACACGACAGUGUUACUUGAGGUUGCCUCCUUUUAUAAGGGUUGUAAUAAGGAAGUGAUAUUAUAUUUAAUGUAAAUGUGUGUGUACAUAGGUAAUACUGACUUGUUUAAAGGCUUGCAAAAAACUAAAUAAUAGAGGAAAUGCAAUUGAAUGUACGUGGUGUGGCACCAAAUCAAGAAGUGUUUUGUUCAUGUUUUUCUAAUAGAUUCAAGGGUUUUGACAUUCAAAUUGCAAUAAUUUGACCAAUGUGGCAACAUGAACCUCUGGCAUAUAACGCAGGUUAAACGUGCUACCCAUUUUUUUUGUUUCAUGCUUCCGAAGGACUACAUUCAUGACAAGAAGAACAAAUGAAAAGAAAAAUGUGCUUGUUAAAUUACGGCCUCAAUCUGAGUUUAUUGACUUAUUUUACCUGAUGUAACUAAUGACACUCCAUUGCAGUUGAUACUUUGUAGUUUAAAGGGACAGUUCACCCAAAAGUGAAUAUUCUGUCAUUUACUCACUGUCAUGUUGGUGCGAACCUGUUUGACUUCUUUGGAACACAAAAGCAGAUGUCAGGCUAAAUGAUAGCCUCAUUCACCAUUCAUUUUCAUAAUAUAGAAAUAAUAUACAAUGAUAGUGAAGGGUGGCUGAGGCUAACAUUUAUCCUGACAUCUGCUUUUGUGUUACAAAAAAGAAAGUCAUACAGGUUCAAACAAAGAUUUUCAUUUUUGGGUGAACUAUCCCUUUAAUUCCACCCCUGCCCAUUUCAGCCUUGAGAAAGACACAAGGAUUAAGUCUUCAGCUUGGAGCAUGUAAGAUGUUUUGUUUAUAGUGAAUAUUAUCAUUAUGAUUUAUCAUCAUUUUAAACAUAAUUCAAAUGUUUACAAGUUGUUUUGUGGUAUCAAUAGGUAACUAUUCAUUAUGUACGGUUUGUAAGAUUUAUAGUCUAGGCUACUGCUGCACAUUUUUAAUUAACCAAAUCAAAUGGUGGAGAUGAUAUUAAAUGCAUUCAUGUGGUCUCUCAUAGCCAAUUAAGACAGCGAUGUGACAUUUAUUACUGUAAACUGCAAUUGUUUGGUCACCACUUUGGGGUACAAAUGUACAUUGAUGCUAAUCUACAGUGCUUAUGACAUGUAUUUGGAGGGUAUCAUUUGUUUUAGACUUUAUCAAGGUGGGAUAUUUCUGUAGCCCAUAGCCUUUCAUAAUGAAUGUACAGAAGAUUGAAUAAAUGUUUAAAUAAAAAAACUCUCAUGA